AUCUAGCCAACGAAAAGAGUUUCAGUUUCAUUUAGAAUCUACUCCAAAGUAAUUUGUUAUAACCAACAACCAUAAGACCUUCAUUAUCUGACGAACGUUCGUCUGAAACGUGUGUACAAACUCCCAGAUGUCUUGGACGUAUAAAAUAAAAUUAAAUUUCGGCAUGCUCGGCAAGGUGUUGAUGUAGUAAUAAUUUUAAACCGUAGACACCGUAGACCGUUGCCGAAUUUUAUUAUUUUUUUUUUUAUAAGACUACUACUCAUCAUCAUCAUCACCGGAAAUUCUGCUAAUUUAAUCUCUGGCCCAUCUAACAAUACAACGUGGGACUGGUAAAAAAACGUUUUUUUAUAAAUAAUAAUUGUUAUUAUUUUGUAAAAAUACCAUCAACUUGAGACGUGACCUCGUGUUUGAAUUAUAACAUUAAUAAUUUAAUAAAAAAUUAAAAUGGAGCAAAAAAAAGUUUACAAGAUCGUAUUGACUGGAGGCCCUUGUGGAGGCAAAACUACUGGACAGGCACGACUUUGUACAUUUUUUGAAAAUAUGGGAUGGAAGGUGUUCCGUGUCCCCGAGACAGCGACCGUGCUGCUCAGUGGCGGUGUCAAGUUCUCCGACUUGACAGAAGAAGACAGCUUGAAAUUUCAAGAAAAUCUUUUGAAGACGAUGAUCCAAAUUGAGAAUACAUUUUUCUCAUUGGGAGAAAGCUGUAGUAGAAAUUGCCUUAUUAUCUGUGAUCGUGGAGCAAUGGAUGCUUCAGCAUUUAUCGCAAAGGACAAAUGGGACCUGAUGCUAGCAACGAACGGUUGGAAUAAUGUUGAGCUUCGUGACAAUCGUUAUGACCAGAUAAUACAUAUGGUAUCAGCGGCAAAUGGUGCUGAGGAUUUUUAUUCAACAGAAGAUCAUGCCUGUCGUUCAGAAGGUGUAGAAUUGGCACGUGAAUUAGAUUAUAAAGCAGCAGCAGCAUGGGUUGGCCAUCCUUACUUUGACGUUAUUGACAAUUCACAAGAUUUUGAGACUAAAAUAUGUCGUAUGAUUGAGUGUAUUUGCCAGAAACUUUGUAUUGAUACUGGUGACAGAUUACGCGCUAGUAGUCGCAAAGUUAAGUUUCUUGUUAAAGGACCAUUACCAAUUGACUCGGAAUUUCCACCAUUUCAAGACUUUGAUGUUGUACAUAAUUACCUCCAAAGUAGAAUGCCUAGUAUGCAGGCACGGUUACGAAAACGUGGACAAAAAGGUCACUGGUCGUAUAUACAUACAAUAAGACGACCAAAAAUGUGCGGGCAAGUCGUCGAAGUAAAGACACCACUAACACAUCGUGAUUAUUUAAAUAUGUUGGCUCAACGUGAUGAUGCACAUUUUACAAUCUUCAAGCGUAGACGAUGUUUUUUAAUAAAUAAUCAGUAUUUUCAAUUGGACAUAUACCGAGAACCCGGACAUCCACGAUGCCGUGGAUUAAUGUUGUUGGAAACAUACACAGCUUUAACAGGCGAUGAAUUAAAAAAUAUAUUGCCAAAUUUUUUGGCUAUCGAAAAAGAUGUUACUGGUAAUCCUGAUUACAGUAUGUUCAACUUGAGCUUGCGAGAGGAAUGGAAUACAACUGGAAGUAAAUACUGUCAUAAUUUACACAAUUACGCUCUUUCAGGCAUGGUGAAUGGUGCCACGAUACAAGAAAUAAAACGUGAUACCUGUGAGGCAGUUGCAACCUCACCUAAAAAACAUAUUAACCGAGUGAUGGGUAUUAGAGUUAACGGUAAUGAUGCAAACGGUUAUGAAAACGGAUUAGGCUACACGCGAAACGGUGUCAACGGUACAAAUACUUUUAAUGGUAUUGACAAAAGUAUUGGUGAUUUAAAUAAAUUAAAUAAUAUUAUUAAUGAUAAGAGUAAUAAAAUAAAUGUUAAUAAUGAGUAUUCUGGUUGCGAUAGUUUGAAUGAUAAAUUUGAUAUCAAUCCAGUUGACGAAAUUUCAACUUCAUCAGCAUCUUCUGGUAUUGACAAGUGUAAAAAUAAGCACGAUAAUGCAAUUAAAAUUUAAUAAUCGUUGUCAUUUUAAAUAUUUAUCAUUUUCAUUUUUAAUAUUUCAUUAUUUUGAUUUAUAUACAUUUUAAUAUUAUUAUUAUUUACAUAUAUAAAUAGAUAUUUUUUUUUGUAGUCUAUAUUUAGGAUGAAAAUAAUAAAUUUUUAAUUAUAAAAAAAUAUUUUUUGGAAUUUUUUUUUUUCGAUAGUUAAUAAAAUGAAUUAAUUUAUUUUAUUAAUUAUUGUAAUGAUUGUUAAUAUAAUUUUAUAACUUUUUUUUUUUAAUUUACUGACAUUACUAAUAAUAAAAAUCAAUAUUCAAAUUUUUAUUUGUAAAUAAUUUUAAUAAUAUGAAAAAAAAAUUAUGAAUUCCAAAAUUUAUUUUUUAACUUGAAAAAAAAAAAAAAAAUAAAUAAAUAAAUAAAUUAUAUAAAAAUUAAUUUUCUAGUACUUAAUUCAAUCGUGGAAAUCAAUUUAAAUGAAUAUUAAUUAUAUAUAAUUUAAAUAAAAGUAUUUUUUCUUUUUUUAAAUCAUUCAAUUCAUGACUAACUGAAUUCUACCGGAAGUAUUGGUGAGACUCAAUAUGAGUCAAACUAUUUAUCAAUAUAAAUGUGAUGUAACACAUAAAUACACAUUAGAUAUUUGUCCAUAAUAUGAAAAAAAAUUAAUUAAUUAAUGAAAAAUAAAAACCAAAAGAAAAAAAAUUUAAGUUUAAGCAGACAGAGAAUAAAUUGAAAAUGUAAUUUAAGAAUACUCAUACCAAUAAAUUUUAAUAUGUAAAUUAUUGGUAUUCUCAGACAGCCCUCCACAUUUUUAAAAUAUUUAAUGACUCAAACAGGGCAGCAAUUAAACUUACGGUGCAGGUAUGGUGAAAAAAUAAUCAAUGACCUUGAACUGUCGUCACUGUAUUAAAAGUUUAUUAAUUAAUAAAAAAAUAAUUUAAGCAUUAAUUGAAUAGAACACAACUAAGUUGCGAUUUUCGCCGAGAAAUAAAUUUUAAAAAAAUUACAUAGUUAUCACUUAGGAGUUAAACGAUAAUUGUUAAAUAAAUUUGAGUCUAGAAAAUUUAUGAAUUUCUACUGAAAUUUAUUUGCAAAAUUAACUCCUAGUUGAUAAACACUGAAAGUAAUUUUUUUUUAAUCUAUAUCUAGGCAAAAAUUAAAACUAUUUUGUCUUUUUUUAAAUAAAUGUUUUAAUUUUUUUUUUAAUUAAUUAAUAAAAUUUUAAAAGUUGGAAAAUACAAGAGUGCACAACUCACUUGCUCAUAAUAACGAUGAAAAAAAAUGGCAGCUAAUUUUUUUCAUGAAAUGUCAGUUUUAAGUUUUUAUUGUUUAUAAAUAAACCGAAAGGAUUUUCAAAGGGUUUUUUUAUUUUAGAACUCAAGCAUAAUAAAAAAUGAAAUAGAUCAAUUGGUUGUAAAUUUUUUACGUUACUGUGUUUACCAUCAUCCGUACAUACUGAUGGACCUCAGAGAUUUUUUUUCAAUCAUUAUUUAAAAAAAAAUGACUUAAAAUUGUGUUCGUUUUAUUCAUUAAUAAAUUAUCUUUCAAAUGAUACGAAUUUCGAUCUCAUUUAACAUAUUCGAGAAAGUGUUAGCAGUACACAUCUCAUUGCUUCGCAAUUGAGGUGUGCAAUACAGUUUUGACGGUUGAAAGUCAUUGAAUAUUUUUAAAAAUCGGAGUGUAUUGUCUGAGAAUGCUCUUAAAGUAAAAAAAAAAAAAAAAUAAAAUGAAUAUAAUGUAAUUAUAACUAUGCUUAAUUGAUAAGAGUGCUCAUGCAAUCAUUUUGAUUAAAUUCUUGCCUCAACGCUUUAAAAAUCGUGUAUUUGUGAAAAAAUAAAAAAACAAAUUACAAAACCAAAAAUAAAAAAAACAUAAUUCCAUGCUUAUGUAAAUUAAAUAAGCUUCGUUGUAAUUUAUAAUAAAAAUAAAACUAAAAACAAAAGGUUUCAAAUUAAACAUAAAAUUAAGAAAAAGAUUGCGUUUCAGCUGUCUACGACUGAUUCGAGUGCUGUGCGGAUUACGGACAGGACAGAGUUAUACAAUCAGAUAAAAUGAUCCUCGACUCAUUUAAAUUGACAAUUAAUAAAACGUAUAAAUUUUUAAAAUAAAUAAAUCAAACGCACAGUUGGAUACUCGAGUGGAUCAUCAAUAUGUCGGGUAAAGUAAAUUAUUGAAUUUCAAAAUCAAUUACAUUAAAUUGUUUACUGAAUUAAAAAAAAAAAAACUAACAAGACUUGAAUAUCAUAAAAUUAAAAUAAGACUCUGAUGCGUAUCAAUAAACAUAAAAAAUUUAUAAAUUUUUAUCUUGUGCUUUAUACAAAAAAAUAUUAUUAUUAUUACACAUUUCUGAUGUCUAAACUAUAAAAUAAUUAUUUUUGCUACUAAAAUAUUAAUUGAAUUGAUAAAAAAAAAGAAAAUUUUUAAAUAAAUUUUUUCAUAUUGCUAAUAAUUUAUUAAUUAACUAUAUUAAGUUUUUAUUUUUCACGAAUGCACGAUUUAGUGACUAAUUAUUAUUAUUUUUAUUGAAAUAUUUUAUUAUUUUUUUUUAGUUUUUAAAUAAAACGUAUUACAAUUUUUAAUUCGUAGAGUUCAAAAGU